CAGGAAAUUUCCUGCCUUAGAGUGAGAGAACCGUGGCUGCACAUCCCAACGUUGCUCACCGAGCAGAGAACAGACAAGAGGCUCAAUGAAAUUCAUCUUACUGUGUGUGUGGCUGUCCAGUCUGCUGGAUCUGUGCUCUCUGUCACCAAGCUCCCACCAUGACAGUGACAAGAACUGCAACAGCAAUGUGUGCAACAAGAAUGCCACCUGCAAAAUGAUGGGUGGGAAACUCGGAUGCUACUGUAAUGCAGGCUUCACAGGAGAUGGAGUGCGUCACUGUGAAGAUGACGAUGAGUGCCAAAAUGCAACUUUGACGUGUGGACAGAAUGCGACCUGCACAAACACUUAUGGGAGUUAUUACUGCACGUGCGUGGAAGGCUAUGAGUCCUCAGAACAUAAGAAAGAGUUUACUCCAAAUGAUGGCACCACAUGCCAAGAGAUUCCAGAGACGCCCUGCCAUUUAAAUAAUGAAUGUCUUUCUGGAAGGAUUAAUGAUACCUUGCAUCAGAUUAGCAACAUCAAAGAACCACGUGUGGUUUUGGAGGAGAUUGCACGAAACACCACUGGAGGCCUUUCGGCCACUGAUAUCCUUUUGUAUGUUGAAGUCCUCUCACGAUCAAUCCCAAAGCUGACCUCAAUCAACGAGACGGUACCUGACAGAAGGAAGAUCACCAACAUCACGAUGAAAGCACUGGUUAAGACAGUGAACAAUCUCCUACAACCAGACGAAAUGGUGGUGUGGAACAAAAUUGGAGACGAAGAGAGGAGAAAGAGUGUCACAAAGCUGCUGCACACCGUGGAAACAUCAGCCCUUGGCAUCUCACACCACUUGAAAAGGACAACAGAGCUUGUGUUUAAGGAGAGUGAUGUUGCCCUUAAACUAUAUACUUUUGAUUUAAGUCGUGAUAAGCAGCCUCAUCCGCAUGCAAAUCUGAAUGGGAAUCACAUAAGUAUCUCACAACAGAAGACUGAAAUGGCCAGCUCUAACGGGACUCUCACCAUCAUUUUCCUGCAGUACAGCAGCAUUGGCUCGCUCCUCAGACUGUCCAACAGCUCGCAUGAUGGGGACCACAAUGGGACUGCGAUGCAGCUGGACUACGUUGUGAACUCACCGAUCAUUGCUGCAGCGAUCAAAUCAAACCCUCCAUCUCUGUACCUCAUGGAUUACGUAGCAUUCACCCUGAAGCAUCUCGAGCCUCUAGACAAGCGGAAAGCUCUGUGUGUAUUUUGGAAUUACUCAGCUCUCAGCAUGGAGGGCGAGUGGACCACGGAAGGUUGCAAGACCCUGCACUUCAAUGCCACACACACCACGUGCAGAUGUAACCACCUGACCAACUUUGCAGUUCUGAUGUCUUCCUUCCGGAUCAGUGAUGUCCUACAUGAUAAUAUCCUGACACGGAUUACCCAACUGGGGAUUAUUGUGUCCUUGAUCUGUCUGUCAAUGUGCAUCUUUACCUUCUGCUUCUUUGGUGAGAUUCAAAGUACGAGGACAACCAUUCACAAGAAUCUCUGUUUCAGCCUGUUUAUUGCAGAGCUGCUGUUUCUUACUGGGAUUAACAUGAACAGUAAUAAGCUUGUCUGCUCCAUCGUAGCUGGACUGCUGCAUUACUUUUUCCUGGCAGCCUUUGCUUGGAUGUGCAUUGAGGGUAUUCACCUUUAUCUAAUUGUGGUUGGAGUGAUUUACAACAAAGGGUUUCUGCACAGAAAUUUCUACAUCUUCGGAUACGGUAGCCCUUUCGUCGUCGUGGGAAUCUCGGCAAUUCUUGGCUACAAGUAUUAUGGCACCGAUAAAGUCUGCUGGCUCAGCACAGAAAACAACUUUAUAUGGAGUUUCAUUGGCCCAGCGUGUUUAAUCAUUUUGGUUAAUCUGCUGGCAUUUGGAGUCAUUAUAUACAAAGUAUUCCGACACACUUCCAUGUUGAAACCUGAAGUGAGCUGCUAUGAAAAUAUUAGAUCAUGUGCCCGUGGUGCCAUGGCAUUGCUCUUCCUCCUUGGAGCCACCUGGACCUUCGGUGUUUUGCACAUUAUCAAGGGAUCCAUGGUGACGGCAUAUCUGUUCACUAUCUCUAAUGUAUUCCAAGGGAUGUUCAUCUUUGUAUUUCUCUGCAUCCUAUCAAAAAAAAUCCAGAAAGAGUACUACAGACUAUUUAAAAAUGUGCCCUGUUGCUUUGGGUGCCUGAGAUGAGGUGGAUUGAAGAUGAAAGACAAAGAUGAAAUGGAAGAAGACAAAGAGAAGAAAGGAUGCAUUUCAGAAGAGCCACAAGCAGUGUUGAUUGUUAAGAGAUUAUAAUUUAUUUAAAGCUUUAAACUGGGUGUUAGAGGGGAUGGAGGGGGCACUGUGUGCAGUAUUCCUUAGAAUCUUUUACAACUCAACAUGCCUCCUAAUGUACUUGUUUUAUCCUGUAGCUUUGAAAUCUGUUUACAUAGCUUAGAUUGUUUGUGGAAACAGCAAAAGAAAGCUGAGAGUCUUCCUGUGAUCUUCCUCACUUACCAGAGAUUUUUAAACAAUUACACCAUCAAAACAACCAGUCAACAGCGUAGAGGAAUGUCAUCUUAAAUGCACAGAGCUAUCAUCCACCAGGACAAACAAUUAUAACCUCUCAGUCUACAUUUUAAUAUUUGCAGUAAAAUAAUUCCUCUUGUAACUAAAAAGCAGUCAAUUUCCUGUUGCUCGCUGUGGCCACUGAGGAAGGGAAAUCUCUGAAGUUCCCUCCCCCCAUCCUCCUCUCUGAUGAAGGGUCUAGGCCCGAAACGUCAGCUUUUGUGCUCCUGAGAUGCUGCUUGGCCUGCUGUGUUCAUCCAGCCUCACAUUUUAUUAUCUCUGAAGUUCACAGUUUUUUUUGAGAAUGUGACCUGAUAAUUAUGGAAUAAACUCAGACCUUCUCCCAGCUUUCAUUAAAUGAGGGUUUUCUUCCCCUUCUCUCUGCAACCUCACCCAGUUCUUCUUAACUAAAAAAUGGAGAGGAAAUGAAUCAUCUCUCGGUGAAUAAUAGAAUUAAUACAAAGGAAGGGUGAAUGCGGAGAAGGAUGCAUAAAAACUGGUUUCAUCAUAGCCCAGAGGAAUGCCACUCAGCCCAUCAUUAGACGUGCAGCCCCUUUCUAUCAGGCUGACACGUACAGGCUAACACAUUCUUCAUUGCACCAAGUAGUUUGGUAUCCUAAAACAACCUGCACUGGAUCCCUGCCGGGUAUUGUCUAUAGGGCACUACAUAGCCUUAUUGAUGAGAUUAGUCUCUCCAGCACAGUGGGCACUUCUUCAUUUGAAUGUUGCAGCGAUUCAAGGAGGUAGCUGCUCCCUAACUCAAAUACCCUGGACUUAAUAUAGAGUUCAACUCCUUCAGAUUGUGAACUCACUCCCACUUCUUCCCUUUCUUUAAGCUUUACUUGUUACAUUCUCUAUCACCAUGCCCUCUCUGCCCACAUCACUGUUACUGUCUGUUCUUUCCAGCCUGGCAGUUAGACACACCAAUGUUCUGUCAUUCUCACAUUUCGAUCUGCAAUAUCAACAUCCUUUCUCCCUCAGCCCUCCACCCCUCAAUCCCUCACAUCAUGUCAGCUCUGAUGAAGAGUCAUCUAGACUUGAAAAGGUUAGUUUCCUCCCUUUCCAUUAUGCUGCCUGACCCACUGUGAUCUCCAGCAUUUGUUGUUUUCAGGACAGUAAAUGAUAGACCUACUGAAAUGCCCAUAUCCCGCAAACUACCAUUAUAUUGACUAAUCUGUCACAUUAUCAGCUAAUCUCAGUUUUGUUUUCUAUGGGAUAGUGGUAUCAUUGGAAAGGUGCAUCAUUGGUUGCCCAUUCCUAACGGACCUGAACUGGGCAAUUUUAGGAUCAACUACAUUUCUGUGAAUUUAGAGUCACAUGCAGAAUAGACCAGGUAAGGAUGGCACAUUCCAGUAAUUCAGUAAUUCACAGUGAUUUAAUGGAAGCAAUCAUUCAAUUUUGUUCAUUAAAUUUAAAUUCCACAGUUGCCUGGUGGGAUUUGAACUCUUGUCAUCAGAGCAUUGGCCUAAGCGUUUAGAUUAACAGCCCAAUGAAAUUGCCACUUCAUCACUAUUUCCCAAUCUGGUUAUGAACUACAGCUGACAGUGAUGGAGCAAUGAACCAUUACCCUUCAUGCCUUCCCCCCCAAGUUAGUAAACUCUACAGAAACCUUGUAAAGAAAUGUCCACUGAAAAACAAAAAAAUGUUUCAGAUUUACUAUGGUCUCUGGCCUUUCAUGAGAAAUAGGGAUAAACACAGCUAAAGUAUGAAAGAGAUUUGAGAUGUUUGAUUGACGCAAAGUGUUGACCAUGAUAAAUUUUGCAAUUUCAUGACAAUCAUUCCAUUGGCAAAUGUGAAGGGCCACUCAAUACUAGCAACCUUCCAGCUAUGAGAUAGGAAUCUGUCUAAGCAACAGCCCUUUAGAACUGAGAUAAGGAAGAUAUUGAAUCUGUAGAAACUGUUGUCACAGAAAUCUGUGGAGGCCAAUUCAUUGAGUGUCUUUAAGACAGAGAUCGAUAGGUUCUUGAUUACGAAGAUCAAGGGUUACAGGGAGGAGGCAGAAGAAUGAGGCUGAGAAACAUGACAACCAUGGUCAAAUGGUGGAGCAAACUUGAUGGGCCAAAUGGCCUAAUUCUUCUCCUAUAUCUUAUGGCUUUAUUGUUUGGUCAACACUGUUUGAGGGAUGAAGUCUUGAGUGCAACCUAUUUCUCUUAAGGUGUCAUAAAACAAAUCAAUUUCUACCUGCAGAAGCAAAUGAAGCUUCAGUCUCUACCAAAGGAUAUUAGGAAAAUCUUUCCUGCUGUCAGGUGUAGGGCCAGACUACUGUAUUAACUUUGCACCCUCCAUCCAGCAAUUCAAAAGCACUUGUGUUUCUAACUGAGCCAAGUUGGAAUGCAGCAAUAAGUUGAUAAUGUUACAAUAUGGGCCCAUUUGUGUUACCGAUUGUGGAGACAACUAGUUCAUUGUGCAUGACAAUCAGAAUACUAUAGCUGGAUGCUUCAAUCUGUUUCUUUAAUAUAAUUCCCAGUGAAUUUUAAUUAAAGAUGUAAUCCAUUUCAAGACAUGUUUUGAUAUUCAUAAUCAAAUAAAAAUUUCAUAACUUUAA